GGUGGUUACGGGCGUCAGGUUUGUACAGAAGGAUAGAAUGAUACACAUUCAAAUUCGAGAGGGAAAACUUCAGCCAGAAGGUAGGAUUUUGAAAGGCAGUGAUCGGUGGCUUCCUGUUAGGCAGUACGAAUACACUACAGCUGGCGAGAAUGGAUCAUAUUCUUUAGUAUUGGGGAAAAAAAAGAGAGAACCUUUGGAAAUGGGCAGAGAUUUUGAGUUCAUUCGUGGUGAUAUCAGAAUAUUUAAUUUGGAUGAUGUAUUGGUGCCGAAGGAUCACAUCGUUGUGGGGGUUCGAUUCAAUCACGUGAAAGAUUGGUGGAUUAAGCAAGAUAAUCCGAUUCGUAUCGAAGUUUAUUCUGCUCCAUAUGAUUAUGAGGAGGGAUUUGUCAAAGUAGAAUAUAGAGAUCCUGUAACAUGGAUUGCUAUUGAUAGCGACAAAAAGAGAACAUCAGUAAAGUUCGACCACCCAGAUCUUCCUACUAAGAACGGACUGAAUGUCCCGACGCUGCGACCAAAUCUUUUCGUGAAAAUCCAAGAAUCGGAUCUGAAGAAAGACGCUGGUCAAAGUACGAUUCCAUUUUGGGAUAUUCAAGAUGUGGUUACAUCCCCGAGUUCUCCACU